GGGAAACCAGAGAGAGCGAGAUCUGGAGAGGGCUCAGGCAAGGAACCCCAAGGGGAAGGGCGGAGAUGAUGGGUUGACUCCGGAACAGAGAAGGGAAAGGCGCUCCAGGAGAAGGCGGCGAAGAAAGCUGCGGGGGGGAGAAGCAGCAGCAUCCGGGAAUGCGGGAGGCAAUAAGGGCACUAACAAGAAGUAGCAUUAGUCACAAGGUGAAGAGUCAGAGAUAGAGAAUGCCUUUAAAAAUGCAAUGCCUUGGCUUACUGAUGAUAUUGGCAUCAAAGAUGUUCAAAACCCAAUACAACAUGGUAUGAGUUUGGUUCAGUGGAUGAAUAUGCAGCAGAACCUCCAGAUUCUUGGUUCGGUUAUUCAAGCUGACUGUUUUCCCUCCAUGACACCAUCACAAUUACAUAAUGUUGGUGUGGAUGAUCCUUCAAAGCAAUUAGCCCUUCAGGGCCAUGUCCUACCAUUAUCUAACCUGCAGUUUGGACUACCCAACUUGCAGCAGCAAACUCAACAACUAGAUAGUCUUCAACAGCAAAAUAGGACUUUGGCAAACCCCUUCACACAGACACAGAAACCAGGAAUCGCUGGUCAACAACUGCAGCAACAGCAACAACAGCUGCAGCAGCAGCAACAACAACAAGUGUCACAAGCAGCUCUUCAGUGCCUUAUCAGUCAACCAUUGACACAAUCUCAGCUACAAAACCAGCUGCUGCAACAGAAUCUCAUCCAGUCUAAACUGCAACAGCAGCAAUUGCUUGGAGUGAACCAGCAGCAAUUACUUCUUUCCAAUCAGAAUCCCCUCCAAUCUUCUCUUCUGCAACAAAGUUUGCAACUCCAAAAGCAGAUCCCAGAGCAACAACAAAGUGUUGUCCAACAACAACAGCAACAACAACAACAGUUUCCAUUAGCUGCAAAUAGGAAAAUAUAUAAUGUUCACAAGAUCUGACUCCCAACCCCUAUGAUGUUUAAUUUUGUCAACUCAAAUAGGACCUCUUAUUAUUAUUAUUUUUUUAA